AUUCGCAGAAGAAACUAGCAGUGAGCUCCGUUGGAACCAAACGUUGUCGUUGCUGUGACUGUGAUCGGGGGCGAUCAGAUCUUUUGUCCUAGAUUUCCGAGGUUUAAGUCCCAGACAGUAGAAGAUGUCAGGCGUCUCUAACGAGGAGGACAAGAAGCCCACCGAUCAGGCUGCACAUAUCAACCUUAAGGUCAAGGGACAGGAUGGGAAUGAAGUUUUCUUCAGGAUUAAGAGAAGCACUCAACUGAAGAAGCUUAUGAAUGCCUACUGUGACCGACAAUCAGUGGAUUUUAAUUCCAUUGCUUUUCUAUUUGAUGGCCGUCGCCUUCGAGCAGAGCAGACUCCGGAUGAGCUGGAAAUGGAGGAUGGGGAUGAAAUAGAUGCCAUGCUUCAUCAAACAGGAGGCGCGGUUGCAUGAUAGAAGUGGGGAUCUUUCCUCUGCUUUGCCUUAUUAUGAACAUAAUAGACUUACUUUUAUUGAGGUUGAUGCCUAAGAUGCAUCUUCCAUCAGCCUACUGCUAUAAUGCGACUCUUGCAUCUCGAGUUUGUAGGGCAUAUGCUUUCUGUGUUAAUAUAUUAUUGAGUGGCUUCUGUCGUACUUUACUGUCUUUUGUGGGAUGGGAUGCAUAAUUUACUGUCUUUUGUGCCUCAGCGAGGAGCCUAAGAAAUACUUGCUUAUUGAUGAUUGGUGAUUUAAGCUUGCCUAAGUUGCCGUGA